AUGGGGAAAAUGACGAAGUUGGGCGCCGUAGCCCCUCUGAAGAAACGAAGCAACAAAGAGCGAAUAGCGUCUAAUUCAGCUCAAAUCGCGGCGAUGUGGAAGAAAUUUGAGGAGACCGAGCGGGUGUUGGAAGCCUUUUCCCGAAGCCAGGGAUACACGUGCUUAUUGGGGCCCUUCAUGGGAGCGCUUCCUCCGUUACCGGCGGCCCCUAUAGUGGACGUAGACAGGGCGAUCGCCGAAACAGACAGGGCAAUGUCCGAACUGCAGAGGGCAAUGAAACACACGGAGAAGAGGGUGAUAGUCAUGUGCCGCAGCCUCGGGUUAGCAUUCCCAAUUGGGGCUUCUUCCAGGCGCAUGCAUCAACCCUAA